CUCAAGCCACCGCGAAACACGCCCGGUGCGAAGUUGUCCGCGGUGUUUUUCACGCCGACCCGUGCAAUGAAGGGAGCGUUGCUUCUUGCGCUGCUCCUGGGUGCCAGUGCGGAGCAUGGCCCCAAACAGUACCCGGUGACGAAGGUGGUGAACCUCCUGGGCGACAUGAAGAAACAGCUGGAAGCGGAAGCGGAGAAAGACGAGGAGGUGGAUGAGAAGAUGAAGUGCUGGUGCAAGGAGACGAUGCAGUCCAAAGAAGAGAGCAUCGCCAGCACGGAGUCCCAGAUCUCCAGCCUCGGCGGUUCCAUCGAGACCGCGGCCGCGGAUUCCAUGCGCCUCGCCUUGGAAGUCGAAGGGCACGAGAGCGACCUGGCCAAGAGCCAAGAGUCGCUGUCCAUGGCAGAGGCGCAGCGGGAGAAGCAGCAGAAGACCUUCCAAGAGGAGGAGAAGGAGAUGAAGGAGUCUCUGACCGGAGUGGACGCAGCCUUGGAUACCCUGCAGAAGAAGUCCUCCUUUUUGUCCACGUCGGCCAGCGCGGCGAAGCGGGCAGAGGCCUUGGACUUGGUGAAGAAGCUGCAGACGAAGCACUUUAACCUGCUGCGCGCCCCGCAUCAGCGGAAGCUGAUGCUGUCCAUGGCCUCUGCGCACCUCGAUGUGGAUGCCAAUCCCGCCACAGGGGAGGUGGUGGGCAUCAUGUCGCAGAUGAAGGACACCUUCGAGACCAACCUCAACCAGACCCUCAAGGAGGAGGCCGAGAGCGCCCUCACCUUCAACGGCCUUCAGGAGGCCAAGACCGCGGAGAUCAAGGCCACGCAGGAGGCCAUCCUCUCCAAGAAGGCCCAGCACGCCAAGGCGGACACCGAAGGCGCCCGCGCGAAGCAGGACUUGGAGAACGCCCAGGCGAGCAUUUUGGUGGACAAGCAGUUCUUGGCGGAUGCCAAGGAGAAAUGCGCGGCCCACGAGGCGGAGUUCGCGGAGCGGGUGAAGACGAGGAAUGAGGAGAUCACCGGGUGCUCCAAGGCCGUCGCCAUCCUCAGCGACGACUCGGCGCGCGACACCUUCGGCCGCACCUUCAACGCCGGCUUCCUCCAGCUUUCCUCCGAGUCGGUUCCGAGCGCCGCUUCGGUGCUGGCGCGGGCGGCGGCCAAGUCGCAGGACGCCAGGCUGGCCUCGCUGGCGCAGCUGGUGCGCACCAGCGCAUUCGACCAGGUGAAGAAGGAGAUUGAUGGCCUUGUCGUGCAGCUUAAGGAGGUCCAGCAGGACGAAGUGAAGAGCAAGGAUUCCUGCGUUCAGCGCCUGCACGAGAACAACAUGGACACCACCAAGUCCACCAACGACAAGGCACAGGCGGAGAGCAAGCUCUCAGGCCUCAAGGACUUUGUGUCGCGCACCAACAGCAGCAUCAAGACUCUGAAAGAGGAGAUCAGUGCCCUGGAGUCGGAAGUGGAGUCUGCGAAGACCGACAUGGAGCUGCGGCAGAAGGAGUCGGCAGCCAUCGUGAAAGAUCAGAAGGACACGCAAGAGUUGCUGACCCGGGCCCUGGACGUCCUUGGUGGCGUCUAUGGCGCCAGCUUGGUGCAGAAGGACGAACCCAAGACCUUCGGCAGCUACCAGAAGAGCGAAGGGGCCAACGGUGUGCAGCUGCUGCUGCAGCAGAUCAUCGGAGAUGCCAAGGUGAUGCAGACCAAAGCAGAGGCGGACUUGGAAGCGGCGGUGAAGGACUUUGAGCAGUUCAAGACCGACGCGCUGGCCGCCGUCGCCGCCAAGGAGCAGAGUUUGGUGGAUUUGGACGUGGAGAAGUCCCAGACGCAGAGCGAUGCCUUGGGGGCCCAUAAGGAGGUCACUUCGUUGACCAAGGGCCUGGAGGCUCUCGGGGAGACCUUGGCGGCUCUCAAGGAGGAGUGCGACUUCCUGAUCAGCAAGUUCGAGUCCCGGCAGGAGGCUCGAGAGCAGGAGAUCGACGCGCUCAGCACCGCCAAGGCCAUCUUGAGCGGCAUGAAGGCGCUCUAAGGUGACCCGCGCUCGACCGGUGUCAGUGAGUUGGCGAGCAGG